UUUUAAUUAUACUCCGAAGUUGAAAACCAUCGACGUAAUGUUUCUGAAUGAUCAUCAUGCUUUUUUCCAGACCCAAAAAGUUGAAAUCCGGGAACAAGUAGUAUUCUUCAAGCCAUAGUAAUUAUAAUAAACAACUUUAAAAUAUCUUGCUUAUUUUUGUAUCGAUGUACCAUGGUCUCUUUUGUUAUUUUUUACAUCGUUGUCGGUGUGAAUCGAGUGAGCGGAAAUUUUCUCCACACAGCGUCUCGCAGUUUGGCCGACGUCCGACGUCAUAAUUUCAUGCUUUUUUCGUACCUGUUGGGAAAUGGAAUUAACCUUUUUUUUUUCAUUUGGGAUUCUGUUAUUUUUGUCUGCUUCUUUAUCCGUCUUUGGCACAAAAAAAAAGAUGAACACCAUUUCUUCCACUGUUUCCCUCCACCCCCAGGCCACAUUAGCAAGUGAUGGCUCCGUAUCCAAUACUUCACAUUCUUCUUCUAGGAGAUUAUCACAGCAGAUCUCUGAUAUAGUCUCGGGAGGAGGCACAGCACGACAUAGAAACAAUUCCGUCUCCAAAAACGCACAACAUUUGCCGCCUGAUCAGGCCAAUAAUGAAAUAUUUCUCGAAUUUGAUGCGGGUCAGCAACUCAUUGUCCGGCCAAAUCGAAUCGUACGAGGGACUGUCCGAUUAAUUGCCAGUACCACGAUUCACGCCACACAAAUCCGUAUCAAGUUUCGAGCAGAAGAAACGGCCGCCGUCAAAGUACGUGAGGGAACGUUGGAUACAAAAAUGGAUCGAAUCGAUCAGUCGGUCGUAACCUACUUUGAAGUCGAUUCCAAAGUAUGGGGCAACGAAGCCAGUGCUUUCUCUUUGAGUUCAUGGAAUGUGCUGGAACCUGGGGAACAUACAUUUCAGUUUGCAAUGAAGUUUCCAAAUGUGAAUUUCCCUCCCUCUGUUGAAGACCCCGCCGGGUUCUCCAUUCGCUAUAUUUGGAUGGCGCAAUUGGACGGACCCGGUUUCCGCCCUGGCCUUCGAAGUAAAGAAUACGUGAUGCCGUAUCGUCCAAUUAUCUGCGCGCCUACACCACAACCUUGGGAUUUCAGUGAAACCUUUUACAAAGACAAAAAGACGCCGAUUGCUCGUGUCAAGGCCAACCUUCCUCAGCAGGUGUUUUGCCCAGAUGAAGAAUUCGACUUGCAGUUGGAAAUUGAGAGUUUGCAGAAAGAACUGGUCGUCACGGGCGUAUCGUAUGCGUUGAAGAAAUACUACGAAGGAAAGAUUCUUUUGCAGAAAGGCACGGCACGGAAACUGCAUGUGCGGACUGUCAUGAAUUCGUCCGUGGCCGUUCUAGGUAACGGAGGUUCCAUACGGAUGCCCGUUCACUUUCAUAUUCCUACCCGUCUUGUUUCACCUGCAUUUGCUUCGCGGCAUCUGCGCGUGUAUUAUGACUUGGUCUUCUUUAUCCAGCUUGCGAAUCACAGCAGUCUUCUCAAAAACACCUACAUGGGCGAAGUGUCCAUCCCCAUCGCCAUUGCCAAUCUGCCCAACGAUCAACUGCUGCGGGUCCCGGAUCUCACAAGCGUGCAGCAUUACACGGAUUCCAAGGAAGCGCCCAUCUUUUUCGACCCUUCGCUGGAUGAACCACCGCAGCAAAACAGUAUUCCCAGCGAACUGUGGGGCCCACUCACGGCGGCUUUAGCCACACCACCUACCACAUCGCCGCCCAACUAUUUCAGUCUUCCUUCGCUACCCCCGCAGUUUGGUCGUAAAGAACGUGUAGAGAAAGUAAGCUUCACCAGUCGACUUGUCAAAGCCGGAUUUGCCCCGGAACUGGGUGAUCCAGUUACUGUCAUGGAUUACAAAGACGGUGACUGGUGGUAAACCCAUUUUUAUAUUUUUUCAAUUCUUUGUACAUAUAAUACUUACUGUAUAUCUACACAUCGUCGCAAAAUGCUUGAUCCCCCCAUCCCAAUUGCCGAAUAUCCGACGUAUUUUGCGUGUUCAUACUUUACUCAUCAUGUAUUAUUUGCCCUUCUUUUUUGUUGAUUCUUUUUGUCUGAGUCGGAAUAAAGAGGGUACAAAGGAACACUUUUUUUUUUCUCCACUUGCCCCAUAAAAAUGACAUUAUCAA